AUGGAUAGGGCAACAGUGCUUGGAGAUGCUGUCAAGUACAUCAAGCAACUGCAAGAGAAAGUGAAGACACCUGAAGAGCAGGCCAGGCAGAAACCAAUGGAAUAUGUGGCUUGUGUGAAGAAACACCAACUCUUGAUUGACAGUAAUGGUGAUUUUUCAAGCUGGGAUGAACAUUUCAGUGCCCCAUUUGAUGAGCCAUUACCAGAAAUUGAAGCAAGGUGUUGUGACCAAAGUGUUCUCAUAAGCAUUCACUGUGAGAAAAAGAAAGGGUUUCUCGAGAAAAUCAUUUCUGGAAUAUAGAAAUGUCACCUAACAGUCAUCAACAGCAAUGCAAUGACAUUUGGGAGUUGUGCUCUUCAUAUAACCAUUGUUGCUCAGAUGGACAUGGAAUUCUGCAUGACAAUAAAGGAGCUUGUGAAGAAACUACGUUUAGCUUUUAUAUUUCUAGUGUGA